CAAAAAAGAAUUCCCUCAACUACUAUAAAAAGGAUCACCACUUAACGGACCAAACACCCACCAACUACUUCUAAGUUCUAACACUUCUCUAGCUAUCAACACUCAUAAGCCACUGAUUUCAGUCAUUUCCUUUUUCUAAAGCUCCAUAUUUCUCAGAUAAAGGCAAGAAUGAGUUCUCCAGGGGAUUGGUUAUGUGGUGCAUGCCAACAUGUGAACUUCAAGAAGCGGGAAUCAUGCCAGAAGUGUAGCUUUCCCAAGUAUGGUAGCCAGGAUGAUAUCCCCUAUUACAUUGCUAACACAAAGGGUAGCAGGACAGAGGUGUUGGCCGGAGACUGGUACUGCCAGAGCAUGAAUUGCGGGGCCCACAAUUACGCUAGCCGUACAAGUUGUUUCCGUUGUGGAAACCUUAAAUGUGAUUAUGGGACCGUUGGUAUUGGUUACGGAACUGGUGACAUGAUGAUGGGAGCUGGGGGUUAUAGCUCAGAACAGCAACAACAACAACUCAUGCCGGGGUGGAAAGCUGGUGACUGGGUUUGCGUGAGACCUGGAUGUGGUUUACACAAUUAUGCAUGCAGGAUGGAAUGCUACAAGUGCAGAUUGCCAAGGGAUUUUGGCGGAGCAAUGUAAGAGGAGAAGGGAUUUUACACAGGUUCCACAAUCUCAUUUGGUUUCUGAUGUAACUUUCAUGAUUUGAGCACCUAUUAGUAGCUAGGGAGCUAAAUAGAAACUCCCUACUGCUUUCAAGUGUAAUUUUAGUCAUUGUAAGGUGCUAUGGAGGGGUCAAGUAAAGCCCAAAAGGCUAAUUUUUCUGGGUUACAAGGAAAAAUCCAUGUUUCAUAAGUGUUACUCUCUUGAUUUUUGGUUGUUUUAA